ACAGCCAAUGGUAAGCAUCACAAAGGAACCGGCCUUCCCAAACCAGUCGUUUGGAACAGACUGAGAAUGGCAAACACAAACAACUCGCUGUUGGAGGACAUAAACCCUGAUGUUUUGGGCCGUUCAGGCUUCUCUUCCAUUGAGGACCAGUUCUAUGGAUCUCGUCCGUCCAUUCCUGUCAACAAAAAGACCAACCUGGUUGGCAAACCUGGUGAUAUGAACAAGCUGAAUGUCUUGAAGCAAACGGACAAGGCCUCCAUUUUGAAGAAGUUUCCAUCAGUGACGACUAAACCUGCCAAGCAAGACCGCAGACACACAACAACGACUGCACCAUCAGCCAACGACAUCUGGUUUGAAACCUGGGAGAACUCCUCAUUAUUCAGCUCCCUACCAGCCUCUGACGUGGACGCAUUGGGAAAGAAACGUUUCGUUGCACCCCAUGUAGUCUACAAGACGGACAAGAAACCAGACGAGCCUUGUUCCAUCACCACCUCUCUCAGCUACUUCCCAGAGGAGGAGGGCGGGGAGACAAACGUGACAGCCCCGCCCAAGUCUCCGCCCUCCAACCUCACCGUGGUAACGGUGGAGGGAUGCCCCUCCUUCAUCAUUCUAGACUGGGAAAAGACAGACAACGACACCACAGAAUAUGAGGUCAUCUCCACGACGAAGGGACCAGAUGGUACUCAGGUCUCCAUCCUGACCACCAACCAGACUCACACUGCAGUGGAGAACCUCAAACCCGAGAGCAGCUACGAGUUCAAGGUGAAACCCAAGAACGAGCUUGGAGAGGGGCCACCCAGUGAGCCUGUGUCCUUCAACACUGAAUCAGCGGACCCACGUGUGAGUGAGAAUGUCUCAGGAAAAGAUGCCAUCUGGACCCAGUUCCCCUUCAAGACAGACUCAUACUCAGAGUGCAAUGGCAAGCAGUAUGUGAAGAGGACCUGGUACCGCAAGUUUGUGGGCAUCCAGCUCUGCAACUCCCUCCGAUACAAGAUAUAUCUGAGUGAUUCUCUCAACGGUAAAUUUUACAACAUUGGGGACCAGACUGGCCAUGGUGAGGACCACUGUCAGUUUGUAGACUCGUUCCUGGAUGGGAGGACAGGAAACCAAGUCAGGGCUGACCAGCUGCCAGCAAGAGAAGGGUAUUACAGGGCUAUGAGACAAGAGCCUGUCAACUUUGGUCAGAUAGGAGGGAACUCUCACGUCACCUACAUGUCAUGGUACGAGUGUGGAACGGCCAUUCCUGGCAAAUGGUAGGACCCCCCAAAGCUGUCGGUGGAGAAGCCCGAAGGAUAUACAGUACAUAUCAAACUGUCUGGGAAGGUGGCAGGAAGGGUCCUUCUAUGCAUCCAAUCAGUCUCUGGAUGCUACAUAUCCCCAUCCAUCCGCCCCCAACCCCCAGCCAUGUAAAAACCUGUACAGGAUCUCCGGGUCAGGUUAAUAUAAUGUCCAUAUGUAAUAGCCUUAUCUUAUUUAUCAAACAUGACAAAAAGGCAAAGGGAUAAAAAGAACAUAGUAUGAGAUAAAUGGAGAAACUUCUAACUAACAGUGUGAGGUAACAAACAUACAGUAGGUAUCUUUUUUGUUUUAAUAAUGGGAAGCUGGCUCCCUGAAACGUAUUUUGAUAACGUGUAUAAUAUUAUUUAUCAAAGUGUUUGAUGCCAUGUUCCGAGUUCUAGGAAAUGGGUUAUAAUGCAACGCUUUUGCUGUACAGUACGAGUUGUAGAGUUUCAGACAACUUGCCGGAAUUUCAUGGUUUCAUUCAGUGACCGAUUCAUGGUGCAAGAAUUGUCCCAUAAUUUGGUCAGUCUUAGGGCUCUAUUCAAUCUGUAUCGCUGCGGCCGAUUGAAAUUUAAAGGCAAUUUUCCCGAGUUAGCGGAGACUGCAUUCAUGGUAAAUGCUGCAUAUGUCGGCUCAAUGGGAAAUUACCUUUACAUUUCCAUCACGCAAUCUGUAACGCUUCAGCGAAACAAAUUGAAUCCAGCCCUAGUUCAAUAUACACCUUCAGAGAAGAUAAUGCUGUAAAUAUUAACAUGAAGUCCACUCUCACACAUAUCCACUAACCAGUGGAGGCUGCUGAGGGGAGGACGGCUCAUAAUAAUGGCUGGAACGGAGUGAAUGGAAUGGCAUUAAACAUAUGGAAACCAUGUAUUUGCUGUAUUUGAAAACAUUCCACUAAUUCCCCUCCAGUCAUUAUCACGAGCCCGUCCUCCCCAAUUAAGGUGCCACCAACCUCCUGUGCCAGUAGUCCAUUGUAUGAAUGUUGACCGAGCAAAGUCACCUAAAACCAAAAACAAGCAUUGGAAAAUAAGCACACACGCUGAGGACGUCUCGUACCAAACCAAUAUUUCUCCUUCAUUAGCCCUGACAUAUGGGGUGGCUGUGCAUGGGAGGUCUUUACACUUGCAAUUUGCACAGCAUAAAUGUAUUUAUAUGUAUAUGGAGAGACAGUAUUUUUUCAACUAACUUUUUCAAAAGACACGUCCCUUAAAGCGAACGCUCAUACUUCACAGUGUUCCACUGGCAACAUUUGACAUCCUCUGAUACAACACGUUGUAUAUAUAUCAUGUUGGAAAAUAAGAGGGAUAUCUUUUCUUCUUAGUAGCCUUGAUAAAUGGUACAGAGAGGAGUCCUGUUGAAUGAUUUCUUAGUUUUGUACAAAAAUACACUUUUGGCUCAAUGUGCUUGCAGAUCAGUGUUUUUAUACUUAUUUUUUAUGGAGAAUGUUUGUCAUAUGGAACUGUACUCUUGUUUUUUUUAAACAUACUUUCAUUUCUGUAUCUAUUUUCAAUAAUAAAAACAGAAGUUCUGUUACUUUUUUAUUUAAAAAAUAUGUCCUUGCCAUUUUUCACUUUGGGUAACUAGAGUGAUAGUGUUUUCCAGUUGAAGAAGCGUACAGGUGGAACUUGAAAAAUAAACUGCCUUCCUUAACUGGG